CUUACCCUUAUGCCAUUGACCACAGGUCCCUAACAUUUACGUCAAUACGACGACGAUGAGGGCUCUCUCAAGCUUCCAUCAAUCAUGGAAGACUUUGAUACUCGCGAGCCAACGUUGCAACACAGUGAAGCAAAUCAAAUCAACACAUUCUCUAUUCAUCAUCCAUGGCCUCAAUAGAAACACUUACGCGAUUAGCAAACUUCUCACAGCGUUUCUCCAUCUUCCCAAUUUAAACAAACACUUUCACUACGCUUCCGCUAUAUUCGAUUCGAUUGAGAUUCGUAACUCGUUCGUUUACGAUACUAUGAUUAGAAUAUGCUCAAGAAGCUCUCUUCCUCACUUGGGUUUACGAUAUUUUCGGUUAAUGGUGAGUGAAGACGAAGAAGAAGAAGAUAUAGCUCCAAGUUAUCUCACGUUUCAUUUCUUGAUUGUUGCGUGUUUGAAAGCUUGUUUGUUCUCUGUGGGUAAGCAAAUCCAUUGUUGGGUGAUUAAAAAUGGUGUCUUUUUAUCUGAUGGUCAUGUACAGACUGGUGUUUUGAGGAUUUAUGUGGAAGAUAAAGUGUUGGUUGAUGCACGCAAAGUGUUCGAUGAAAUUCCUGAGCCAGAUGUUGUGAAAUGGGAUGUUUUGAUGAAUGGGUAUGUUAGAUGUGGUUUAGGAUCUGAAGGUUUGGAGUUGUUUAAGGAGAUGUUGGUUAGAGGAAUUGAGCCUGAUGAGUUUUCGGUUACUACGGGAUUAACGGCUUGUGCACAAGUUGGGGCUCUUUCUCAGGGGAAGUGGAUUCAUGAGUUUGUGAAGAAGAAGAAGAAGAUAUGGAUUAAGUCUGAUGUAUUUGUAGGAACGGCUCUUGUUGAUAUGUAUGCUAAGUGUGGUUGUAUAGAGACGGCUGUGGAAGUUUUCGAAAAGUUGAGUAAGAGAAAUGUGUUUUCAUGGGCAGCCUUAAUUGGAGGAUAUGCAGCUUAUGGUUAUGCAAAGAAAGCUAUUAUGUGUUUGAGUCGGAUAGAGGAUGAAGAUGCUAUUAAGCCUGACAGUGUAGUUCUUCUUGGGGUUUUAGCGGCUUGUGCUCAUGGAGGAUUUCUUCAAGAAGGCAGAACAAUGUUAGAAAAUAUGGAAGCUCGAUAUGGAAUUACUCCAAAGCAUGAGCAUUACAGUUGUAUUGUAGAUUUGAUGUGUAGAGCUGGAAGAUUAAAUGAUGCAGUUGGUCUUAUUGAAAAAAUGCCAAUGAAACCGCUUGCGUCUGUUUGGGGUGCUUUACUGAAUGGUUGUCGAACGCAUAAGAAUGUUGAACUCGGGGAACUAGCUGUUAGAAAUCUUCUUGAGUUAGAGAAGGGAAAUGCUGAUGAAGAGGAAGCAGCUCUAGUUCAACUGUCUAAUAUUUACUUUAGUGCUCAACGAAAUUUGGAGGCAUCUAAGAUUCGUGGGAUGAUAGAUCAGAAGGGAAUAAGAAAGGCACUAGGAUGCAGUGUGUUAGAGGUGGACGGGAAUGUUAGCACAUUUGUUUCGGGAGAUGUGUCACACCCAGAAAUUCACACAGUGAUUCAUCUUCUGUCUGUUGAUGCCUUGCAGAUUCUGUAACACUCACUUUGAAGCUGAAAAUCAUAUUAGAGCACCUCUAAGCCACAAUACAAACUAAAGGGUUUUCCAAAGGUUAUGUGGCAAUGGGGACAAGGAGUACUUAUGAAGAACCAAGAGGAGCUUCUGAACUCGAUGCAACAUUUGACCACCUAAAACAGGAACUGGAAACUUAAGCAAGGCCUGAAGAAAUGGAUAAGCCUCUCACGAGGGCCCUUGAGAGUAACGUUGUAAAGAAGUGUUUGAUUCAGACUUUAUGGUGUCUGAAGAGUGGAACAGAAGAGCGUGAGCCAAAAAAGGAAAAACAGUAGCUACAGUUGAAAUUCGCAUGGCGUUUGGGCAGACCUAUUCAGCAUCUAAGAGAGUAGAGAGGAUUGAAUCUCGUACAGUGAAAGCUGAUUAAAUAACGUUACCUGUGAUUGAUAAGGGUGUGUCUGUCUUGUCUUGACUCAGGAACAAUGGUUUGGCUCAGGUACACUCUUGUCUUUCGUAACAGUUACUGCCUUGAUUUAUGUUGUUCUCCUAAGACACUUUUCUUGACUUGUAGAAACUUGACGUUUCACAGAUUUAGGAUCUUGUUUAACAUAUCACUCAAUUUGAUCUGUUAGUGGUAUGUAUCUCACUAAGAAUAAGAGAAACUUAUUGACAAUUACGUGUUGGGAAACCUUACCAAAAUCUCAACACGAUGUCUUCUUGAAUGUUUGGCGUAGUAUUGGGUUUUGGUUGCUUAGGUAGGCAUUUCACAUACAGCCUUAUGUUAGAUUCAUUUAGCAUCAAGUGUGGUGUACUCAUGUAAAAAGGUUUUGUUGAUAUACAGCGUGUAACUGAAAUACACAAUAACAGAAAUCAAAAGUUUGUGGUCUUGGACAACGAACUCUUUGUAACUUUGAAACAUUCUUCAAGAAGUGCUCGCAUCACCUGUAAAAUUUCAACACAUUCUCUUCAGUUUUUUUUUUUGAUUCAGGGAAACCACAGUUGACAUAUAACCAAAGAACGUAACCAACUAACUGAAAAUAAUAACCAUCUAUAUCACACAUUUUCAUGACUAAACCAGAAUCCACAAACUAAAACUGUUAUGUUCACCGCAGUGUCUAAUUUAUGUCCUUGUUCUUCAUAAGUCAUUGU